AUGGGAAAAUACUUGGAUUUCUGUCCAAAAGAGCUCAUCCUUCCUUUAUAUUUAACUGAAAGUAAACAGAGGAAGGACGAGGAGAAGGACCUGUGCAGCGGGAGGCCGGCGGACGGCAUGGUGGCCCUGCCCAACGGCACCCUGGCCGUCUUCCGAGGUCACUACUACUGGCUGCUGAACGGCCGGAGCCCGCCGAGCACCAACCCCCGCCGCAUCACCGACGGCUGGGGCAUCCCCUCCCCGAUCGACUCCGUCUUCUCCAGGUGCAACUGCGAUGGGAAAACCUUCUUCAUCAAGGGCCCCCUGUACUGGCGUUUCACUAAUGGAAUUUUGGAUCCAGGCUAUCCCAAACCUCUUGCCAAUGGAUUUGCAGGGCUAAGUGGGAGAAUAGUAGCAACCUUACCUGUGGCAAGAUACAACAACAGACCAGAAUCUGUUUAUUUUAUCAAGAGAGAUGGGAACAUGCAGCAGUAUGUGUACAGACAAGAACCAGCCAGGAAGUGUCAGAGAAGAGCACGGAUUACCAUCAGAUACCCAGCUUUUGUGCCAAGUGUUGUCAUCCGGAGGCGCUUCCAACGUGCCGUGCGAAUGCCGACCAUCAUCCGGACUGUCAGAGUCAACCCGCACCCAACUGGAGUUCUGCGCAAGGAAAUCCGAAUGCAAACCUACUGGAGAGGCCUCCCCAAAGUUAUCCACUCAACUCUUUCCAUCCCCAACCAGAACAAGCCCGAUGGCUACGAUUACUAUGCCUUCUCUUACAAUCGGUACUACAGUUUGGAUAUUGGCAAAAGAAUAGCAAGACCUGUUACUGCUCUCACAGGAAAGACUGUAUCCAAAGACUGGUACAACUGUCCCAGCAAGUAAUGCACACCAGAGGAUUUUAAAAAAGAGAUGCCAUUUGAAUGUCACCAUUUUUUCUAAUUUUAUUAAUAAAAGACAAUGAAAUGUGUGCACACAACUCUAAGUAUGAAAUGCUGCUUUAAGCUCUGGCUUCAUUACACUAAAGCAACCACAGGCAAACUGGCACUUUGUAUACACAGCUGGAAUUACUUUACACAUCAUUUAACUAAUGUUUCCUCUGUUCAGGCCUCCUCUGCCUCCCAUGGCAUGAGUUACACCUGUGUUGGGAAAGAAAACAAAUGCAUUAAAGGAAUGAAAGGAUUUAUAGUUAAUCAGCCAUUGUGACAAUUCAUCCUUCCCUAAGGAACUGCCACUGCAGAGGAGCAGAUCCUUUCUGACCGAGUUCAAGUUCCCCUCUCUCCCCUGAGCCUGGUGACACACACGUCACCUCUGUCAUGUAAAAGGCAGCUGACUAUCCUGUGCUGGGAGCUGAAAGAACCAGCAGAGCAUUCUUACCACACCUGAAAUCAGUUGUUGUUGUUGUUGUUAUUAAAAUUAUGGUGACAGAUGAAAGAAAAUGUAUCCUAGGCCCCCUCACUUUUUUUUUCCUUUAAAAUACCAGCUAAACUAUAUUUCAAUGCUAAAAUUGAGUCUUCUACAAUGUUAAAAUAAUGACAAAUGGAAUACAAUUCAUCUAAGGAUUUUCUUAAUACAGAAGUUGCAAACAAGAACUUAUUGUUGUGGUUGAACUCUAUUUUGCACUAUAAAAAAAUCCUUAAUACUUCCAGAACCUUUUUUUUAAAUCAGUAUAGGACACAGUGAUGUCAGAACUGGAACUCUUAAAGUGCCAAAUGGGAACUGCUCUGUAACUAAAACCAAAGAUUUCUAGACUUCUGUCUAAAAAACUUGCAAGUGUAAGAUCUAUUGCCUUUUACUUUCUCUCCACUGAUAAGAACCGAGUGCCAGAGAAGAAGAAAGUUUGCCUGUCUAAAAACUGCUCAGACACAUUUAAACAAAACUAGAGCUUUUAGGGUCACAUACCAGAACCUAGGGCAGGGCAUCAUUCCAUGUCUAGAACAAACACGGCCUACAAAGUACUUCACAGAGUGUCCCCACAGGAAGGAAGUCCUCCAAAGCCGUGGCCUGGAGCCCCCAGAGGCACUUACCCCUCUGCCUGUUGAACUGGCGCCCACGGACCCCCGUGCGCAGCGUCGGGGGCUGCAGCCGCACACGGCGCAGGGACUUGGGCUGGUUGCUGCUCGUGUCUGUGGAGAGGGGGAAAGCAGAAAGGAAGUCUGUGCCUGGCAGGUUCUCAAUGUUUAUGUGAUUUGAUAGGAGUUAUGCUCUCUAAUUUACUUUAGAAUCAUGAAGGCACCUCCUUAUUUCAUUGACAUGUCCUCUGAUAUAAAUAAAAGCCUGAAGAAAAAUAA